AAAGAAAUUAAAUUCCUCUCUCUCUCAAAAACAAUAACAGUUAACAUUACUUGUCAGAAUUAAUUACUGAAUUAGUGAUUAAAACCUAAUUAAAAAAAUUAAAACAAGAGUCUGGUGACUGGUGAGGAAACUUACCAUGCGCGACGUGACACACCUCACUCUCCUCUCCUGGCCUCCUUCUCCGCUCCUCUAACGGUCGCUGCAGUCACGUUCCCCACAUUUGCAGCGUCAUUUCCAUCUCUCUCUACGUGACCGAUACAGAAGAGGUCUCUUGAGGUUACACUGCCAUGGCAACUGGGCAACUAUUCUCUAAAACCACACAGGCUUUAUUCUACAACUAUAAGCAGCUUCCCAUUCAACGGAUGCUUGACUUUGACUUCCUCUGUGGAAGGGAGACACCAUCUGUUGCCGGAAUCAUCAAUCCUGGAUCUGAGGGAUUUCAGAAACUCUUUUUCGGUCAAGAAGAAAUCGCCAUCCCUGUUCACUCAACCAUUGAGGCGGCUUGUGCUGCUCAUCCAACUGCUGAUGUGUUCAUAAACUUUGCAUCAUUUAGAAGUGCUGCUGCCUCAUCAAUGUCGGCCUUGAAACAGCCAACCAUUCGAGUUGCUGCGAUAAUAGCUGAAGGUGUUCCUGAGUCAGACACCAAGCAGUUGAUUGCAUAUGCAAAGGCAAACAAUAAGGUUGUUAUUGGCCCUGCUACUGUUGGGGGCAUACAAGCUGGAGCUUUUAAGAUAGGUGACACUGCUGGCACAAUUGAUAACAUAAUUCACUGCAAGCUUUACAGGCCUGGAUCUGUUGGCUUUGUCUCCAAAUCUGGUGGCAUGUCGAAUGAAUUAUACAACAGUAUUGCCCGUGUGACAGAUGGAAUUUAUGAAGGCAUUGCAAUUGGAGGAGAUGUGUUCCCGGGCUCCACUCUAUCUGAUCAUGUUCUGCGGUUUAACAACAUUCCACAGGUUAAGAUGAUGGUUGUACUUGGGGAACUUGGUGGAAGAGAUGAGUAUUCCCUGGUUGAGGCAUUGAAACAAGGAAAAGUGACCAAACCGGUGGUUGCUUGGGUCAGCGGCACCUGUGCACGUCUCUUCAAAUCAGAAGUACAGUUUGGUCAUGCUGGGGCUAAAAGUGGUGGUGAGAUGGACUCUGCGCAAGCAAAGAAUCAGGCACUAAGGGAUGCUGGAGCUGUUGUUCCCACCUCAUAUGAAGCUUUUGAAUUGGCAAUCGAGGAAACAUUUGACAAAAUUAUUGAAGAAGGGAAAAUUACACCUGUAAACGAAGUUACACCUCCGCAAAUCCCUGAGGAUCUUAAUAUUGCAAUAAAAAGUGGGAAAGUUCGGGCUCCUACUCAUAUCAUCUCCACCAUCUCUGAUGACAGAGGUGAGGAACCUUGUUAUGCUGGUGUGCCUAUGUCUUCCAUUGUUGAAAAGGGCUUUGGUGUGGGUGAUGUUAUUUCUCUGCUAUGGUUCAAGCGCAGCCUUCCUCGCUAUUGUACCCAUUUUAUUGAGAUAUGCAUCAUGUUAUGUGCCGACCACGGUCCUUGUGUCUCUGGUGCCCACAACACUAUUGUAACAGCGAGGGCAGGAAAGGACUUGGUUUCUAGUCUUGUUUCAGGUUUGCUUACAAUUGGUCCCCGAUUUGGAGGUGCCAUUGAUGACGCAGCUAGAUACUUCAAGGAUGCUUAUGACAGGGGCCUUACACCAUAUGAAUUUGUUGAAAGCAUGAAGAAGAAAGGCAUUCGUGUGCCAGGAAUUGGACAUAGGAUCAAGAGAGGCGACAAUAGAGAUAAGAGAGUAGAAUUGCUGCAGCAGUUUGCACGGACACAUUUUCCUUCUGUGAAGUACAUGGAAUAUGCGGUUCAGGUUGAAACCUAUACUCUCUCAAAGGCGAAUAACCUGGUCCUGAAUGUUGAUGGUGCAAUCGGGUCCCUGUUCUUAGAUCUUCUUGCCGGCAGUGGAAUGUUUACCAAGCAAGAGAUUGAUGAGAUUGUAGAGAUAGGCUACCUGAAUGGGCUUUUUGUCUUGGCACGCUCCAUUGGUUUGAUUGGCCAUACCUUUGAUCAAAAGAGGUUGAAACAGCCACUAUACCGUCACCCAUGGGAAGACGUUCUCUACACCAAGUGAGAAAAUCUUUGAUAGCAGGUCCAGUGCUGAUUUCUGUUGUCGACUCUCCCUUUUAUCUUCUAAAUUUCUAGGUCUAUGCUCUGUUGUUCAGUUGUUAGAUCAUUGUUUAUACUGUUAAUGGCACACUGGCUGAUCACCCACCAUUUGUACUUAUAUCCAGAGUUCUUAAAAAAGGGACUUCCAGUCAUUUAUUCACAGAGAUUUGUAUUCCAAGAGCUUUAAGCUUCUGUCUUUUCCAUGAGAAAUAAUAGAAUUUCUCGCAAUUUAUGAGCCAGAGAUUAAGGUA